AUGCUGCACAAAUACCUCUGCCCGGCAUUGACUUCAUGGCCUUUAUUGAGGGAGGAAAGUGAAGGGUUUUGGGGCCUGGAGAGAGAGAAGAACAAGUGGGUUUUGAUAACUGAGAGAAUUGGGUUGUUCCAUGGAGCAAUGGAGUGGAGAGACGACACCACCUGGGUUGGUAAAAAGCCCAUCAGACGAAUCGGUGGCAUGUCCGAUGCCCUCUCCAUCGCUGCCGAACUCGGAUUUUCCGUUGCCCCACCCCCUUCUCAGGAAGAACUUCAGAGCUUAUCCACUACUGGUGGCGAAAAGGGUGAUGACUUGAUUAGAGUUUUAAGGGAACUAACUGCAGUACAAAGAAAAAUAGCUGAUCUACAAGUGGAACUUCAGGGUCGCAAGGAUGAUAAAAACGUGGCGCAUUUGACGCAUGUCAGUGAAAUGGAAAAGAAGAUUGACACAUUAUCAAGGAUUACUACCAUACUGAAGGAUGUCAUUCAGAAUAAGGAUCGUAUUAUAUCUCGUCUUCAACAACCAUAUUCACUGGAUUGCAUACCAGUAGAAGCAGAAUAUCAGAAACAAUUUUCAGAGUUGCUGAUGAAGGCCGCUAGCGAUUAUGGUGCUUUGACAGCUUCAGCUGCAGAUUUCCAAUGGAGUCAGAACUUUAAGGAGUCUCCUUCAGUGUGGGGGGAAAUGUUACGGCCUAUUCCUGUUGCCUUAGCAUCCUGCACCCGAUUCUUUGAAGCCAUGUCUGCCAUGAGAGAAUCGUUUGCUACCCUUCAAAAUUUGAGAGUUGGCCAUUUAGGUCAAGAUUCUUCACAGAGAGUAUUUGGGGAUUCGGAAUUUGUGACUCCUCCCUGGAGAAAUGAGUCAAGCUUUGAUGACUUGGCAAUCAAAACUGUGAGGAGACAAGAACUUGAGCAGCAAGAAGCAGAUGAUGGAAGUAGCGAUGUGGGUGACGUUCAUCAAGUCGAUGACACAAGCCAUAGGAGAUUAUCUUGGCCUCCAUCAGUUAAACACGAUGGUAUUUAA